AUGCCCUCUAAAACCAAAACGCAGUCCAUCCCCAGACUGGACCAACUGCAGUGCAUCCCCAGACUGGACCAACUACCAUUGCAGUGCAUCUCCAGACUGCACCAACUGCCACUGCAGUGCAUACCCAGACUGGACCAACUGUCAUUGCAGUGCAUCCCCAGACUGGACCAACUGUCAUUGCAGUGCAUCCCCAGACUGGACCAACUGCCAUUUCAGUGCAUCCCAAGACUGGACCAACUGCCACUGCAGUGCAUACCAAGACUGGACCAACUGUCAUUGCAGUGCUUCCCCAGACUGGACCAACUGCCAUUGCAGUGCAUCCCCAGACUGGACCAACUGCCAUUGCAGUGCAUCCCCAGACUGGACCAACUGCCAUUUCAGUGCAUCCCCAGACUGGACCAACUGCCAUUUCAGUGCAUCCCCAGACUGGACCAACUGUCAUUGCAGUGCAUACCCAGACUGGACCAACUGCCAUUUCAGUGCAUCCCCAGACUGGACCAACUGCCAUUGCAGUGCAUCCCCAGACUGGACCAACUGCCAUUGCAGUGCAUCCCCAGACUGGACCAACUGCCAUUGCAGUGCAUCCCCAGACUGGACCAACUGCCAUUGCAGUGCAUCCCAUGGCUGGACCAACUGCCAUUGCUGUGCAUCCCCAGACUGGACCAACUGCAAUGCAUCCCCAGACUGGACCAACUGCCAUUGCAGUGCAUCCCCAGACUGGACCAACUGCCAUUUCAGUGCAUCCCCAGACUGGACCAACUGCCAUUGCAGUGCAUCCCCAGACUGGACCAACUGCAAUUGCAGUGCAUCCCAAGGCUUGACCAACUGUCAUUGCAGUGCAUCCCCAGACUGGACCAACUGCCAUUGCAGUGCAUCCCCAGACUGGACCAACUGCAAUUGCAGUGCAUCCCCAGACUGGACCAACUGCCAUUUCAGUGCAUCCCCAGACUGGACCAACUGCCAUUGCAGUGCAUCCCCAGACUGGACCAACUGCCAUUGCAGUGCAUCCCCAGACUGGACCAACUGCCAUUGCAGUGCAUCCCCAGACUGGACCAACUGCAAUUGCAGUGCUUCCCUAGACUGGACCGACUGCCAUUGCAGUGCAUCCCCAGAUUGGACCAACUGCCAUUGCAGUGUCAGAAAAUGAUUGCUGGGUCACAAGAAGUAAGAGAUGAACUUCUUCACCGACUGUCAGCUGACAGUGUGUGGGAACUCCUCCACACUUAA